GGAAUCAAUCAAAGCUAUAUUUUUCAGCUUACAGAUCAAUAUUUUUAAAUGAUAGGUUUUUAAAUUGUAUAGGACACUCGUAGGGUUUUAUAACUGCAACAGCUACAGACAAAUGUUGUCCAAAGGACAUUAAAAUUAAUAUUGCAAUUCUUUUCCAAGUUACUAAGAUUGUGUCAGUCCAUAGGAUUUGUUUCUAUUAUCACACCUGUUCCUGACCAUCUUAAAAGGUAGAAAUGACCAGUUAUCUGUCCACCAUCCGUCAUGUUGUAAAACCUUAAACACUAGAGGGUAGAUGAGUUAAUUAUAUAAAGGUUAAUGACAUUAACAAAGACUCUCACUUCAGUAUCCUAGUUAAAAACACACGUGCCCUUGAAAUGACUCUGAAGUUCAGCCAUCAUGAAUUACACCUGGUGUGCCAAAGGUUUGUUGGGUUCCAAGACGUGACGCUUAUGAGUGCUUUAUGGAUACACUGACAUAAUAUCCAACGUCAAGCGGUAAGAGUAUCUAAUGUAGCUGCAACUCCAAAUGAUCAAACCACACAUCUUAAGCGACGUAUUCACGAUAACUGGUGUGUUGAUGACUUCUUUACUGCUUGACAACAGCAGCAGAUGAAACCUUUCAACGUGCAAAUAAAGGAAUCACUCAUAGCAGCGAUGAGCUCAGGUUUCAAAAGGAAUUUCUGAGGAAGUGUCAACAUAACUAUGAUCUUUGUCAUGUCUAAAUGCUGCGGCGAGUCAGCAGAACUGCUCACUUUGAGUACCUGCAGAAAAAAAGCCAAGUUACGCAGACGAGCUUGCCUCUGUGUUUCCUAAAAAUCUAAAAGGGAAUCUCAAACACAGAGGACCGCGCGCUCUCAGUGGAACAUCACAUCAUAGGAGUGUGUGAGCAUCUGAAAUGAAGCAUCAAUCUGCUUCUGCUAAUGUCUCACACUAAUGAAUGUGACGUUGAUUUAAUUAUAGAGGAGACCGGUGGCCUGUGUGGACUGUUCGUGUCAUAGUCAGGUGCCAGAGAUAUUCAGCUCGGCUCAGCCAGCAUGGGACAAAGUCAUGGAGCACAGAGGACAAGGUGUGUGUGUGUCAGCCGCACCAUGGUUCAGUGGCAGAUCUGCUCUGUGCAGGACCUGAUGAAUUCAGGCUUCGGCCGUCCUUUCCCACGACAUGGCCUUCAGCUCCUGUUCUGGUUUGCCAAUCACUGUGUGACCUGUGAACUCAUUAACUUUGUAGUCAUCAUGAAGCUGGUGUCAGAUUGUCAACCAGAGAAUGGUUUCUACGGCUUCCACAUGUUUGGUAAUAUUGAGGAACUCCUGCCUCUGCUGGACAGGCGCAACAAGAAGAGACAGGUUGCGUACUAUGAAGUUGGCAACCUUAACACAAAAACUUACCCAGCUGCUGCAAACCUCCCCACAUAUGUGAGGGAAAAUUAUGUGCUGGAGGGUAAUCGUAAUGAUUACAACACAGACCGUAUCAUCAUCAGUUACCAGGUGAGAACUAGGGUGGUGGAGACGGUGUAUGUCACAGAGCAUGACGGAGCAGGCUGUGGGCGGUUCAGUCCGGACAGGACCCAUGAAAUCAGCUUUGAGCUGAUCCGAGCCCUGCAGAGCCCGCAGCUGGAUCUCACCACCUUUCUUAUCCAGACGGGCUACUAUGCAUUGGUCCAGGCGGUCCAGACCAAUGAUGUACAAGACAUUCACUACCCAGUGCAGACCUACAGUGGAUCUACAACAGGAACAACGCAGAGUCAUGACGUACAGUUCUUCUCACAAGCCUUCAACCAGCAUCUAGGUGUCAGCAUAGCGCCCUUCAGCUAUGACCAGCACCAGCACUACAUUGUCAACGUAACGUCACACAACAACACACUCGUGGGGAACUACGGUGAAGUGCAACAUGAAUACAGGAGGCCUAAAGCCAUCAAGUGGCCUCACUCUUUGAGGCAAAGCUAUUGGCUGUCUGGAUGGGAGCAGUUUUAUGAAGGUUUGAAAGAAGAAGCCAAGAAGAGGAGCGGAGGUGGUGGCGUCAGCUUCUUCAAGAUUCUCCUCAGUGUUGGAGCGCUCUGCAUAGCAGCCAAAUGUUUCAGCUGGCUGAGGAGCUGGUGGAAGGUGGAUGAAACUGUCAUCAAGAAGAUCCCGUGGAGGGCUCCAAGUUAUCCACACACACACAUCAUGCUGGAUUACGUAUACUAGGAUUUUAGCUUCUAGACUUUUGUAAUGAUGACACAUGCAGAUAUUUGGAUAUUUUGUACAAUGAUAAACUCAUGCUAAUGUUAGUCAUUUGUGAAUGAACCUGGAAUCAUCAAAGUCUCCCUUUUAGGUGGACUGACAAGAUAUAAUUCCAUACUGGAUUUUUCAUGUUAUUUUCCAUACUGGAAAAAAAUCAUCGUAAUUUUGACGUAAUGAUCUUGUAAAGAUCUUAAGUUUGAUUUUAGGAACAUGAAACGAAUCAAUCAAAACUGUCAUUAGAUUGAGACAGUGAAUUGUGUUCGCAACAUCAACUGCACUAAGACCAGAGAAAGUGAAAAUAUAAUUUCUUUUUUAGUUAAUUUGUAAACAUAAAAAUGUGAUUUUAAAAUAUUUAAUUCUUCACACUGAUUACAUCAUCAUAAGUUGAGGAUGAUAUCAAAUAUUUUGAUGAAAUAUAGAUGUGUUCGACCCAACCUAACAUCCCGAUGGUCAUCUCUUUUAUAUGUUUGGGCGUACUAGGCUACAGUGGGCAGUACCCUAAAACUUCGCAUUCAUUUCAGAUAAACUUUGUAAUAUACAGUAUUUUGCUAGAACUGGAUUUAUUCCUCCAUUACUUAACACUAGAAGAAAAUUAUGAAGGGAUCUUUUUAUAGCCAGUAUGAACAGCAGGAAUCAUUUCAACAAAGCUGUUUCAGUGUUAUUAUAAGAAACUGUCAUUAGAUUGUGACAGAUUUGAACAGGGUUACGUGGUACAACAUAGAUCUCCAUUCAGCCACUCAAGUGUAAGACAGGCUGUCCAUAUGCAGUGCUGUUUGUGAUCUGGAUUUAUUUUAUGUCAGCCAACUCAGCUUCAUCUUCAUUCUGACGUGGCUUUCUUUGUGUCUAGUAGACGCUUUUAGAAAACAAAAGAUGGCAUCAUAUUGAGUCAUUCGUUCGACGGCCCAUCCCUCAUAGCACACACACACAGGAUGCCAGAGACUAGGAGUAAUUUACUGUCACCACAUUAGACUGUUGUUGGUGGACAUCUGCUGGAUUGCUUCACCGAACAAAACAGAGACACAAACAUUUUUUUAUAGCAGCAGAUGGCAGCAUUGAGUGAGAAAUAAUUUGGGAUCAACAUGAAACUAUUGUCAGACAAAUAACACCUCCACUGUAAUGUUCUCCACUAUAUUAGGUUUUAAAAGUUAAUAAAGAGUUGUUUUUCCCCUUUCUAUCAGGUAAUAAAGCAAAGUAAAAGUGUUGUUUAUCUAAUAAUUAAUUAAAGGCUUUACACUUUCUAACAAGC